CGAGAGACUGACCUCAGUGACAACCUGCAAAUAUAAAGUGAUUGGAAAGCAGUGGCUAUUGUGAGAAGAGUGUUUUAAUCGUCUGUUUGGUUUGCACCUGAGCUAGGAAUCUCAGAUUUUUAUUUUGGGAAAAUGAGCUCCAGUGGCCAUGCUCCAAUCUCUAGCCAGGGGAACAUCUCUGCUCAGGGAAGGGUGGAUGGUCCUCGCCUAAAGCCUGGCCAAAGAGUUGUGUUGGGUGUUUUGACAGAAAAUGAUCACCAUAGCAGAAGUAACCAGGGCAUUCCAGCUAAACAUGGAUCAGCACUGCCCAAUGUGCCUGCCCAUGAAAAUGAUGCCGUGUCUCACUGGUCCUCUUCUGCCUUUGGUGCCUGGAUGGAACACCCAGAUGUGGGGCAAGCUGCUAAACCCACUGGAAACCAGAUGGGUGUUUCUCUUCAUCCUUCAGAGAUUCAGGUUUUGUCUGCUGUUAAUGACUUUACAUCAGGAUCAAGUUUGGAUUCAUCUAUGCAGUCUCUGCCAGAGGAAGAACCUGUCACCUCUGAGGAGAUCUCGUCUGUUGCCGAGUAUGCAGAUGACAUCCAUCAACACCUGAGAGAGAGUGAGUUGAGAUAUAGGCCAAAGCCUGGUUACAUGAACAAGCAGCCAGACAUCACCAACAGCAUGAGGGUCAUCCUUGUUGACUGGUUGGUUGAUGUUUCUGAGGAAUACAGGCUAUGUUCAGAAACUGUCUAUCUUGCUGUGAAUUACCUGGACCGCUUCCUCUCCUGCAUGUCCGUUCUCAGAGGGAAACUGCAACUUGUUGGGACCGCUGCAAUUCUUUUGGCUGCGAAAUAUGAAGAGCUCGAUCCUCCAGAUGUGGAUGAAUUUAUCUACGUCACUGAUGACACCUAUACUAAAAAGCAGCUCCUGCGUAUGGAGCACCUUAUGCUCAGAGUGCUGUCCUUUGACAUGACUGCACCAACAAGUCACCAGUUUUUGACGCUGUAUAUUUUGGAGGAAGCCAUCUGUGCUAAAACUGCAAAUCUUGCUUUGUUUGUUUCAGAACUGAGCUUACUUGAAGUGGACCCCUUUCUGCAUUAUCUUCCGUCAAUGAUUGCUGCUUCAGCUUACUGUUUGGCAAACUACACAGUUAACAGAACCCUAUGGCCUGAUUCUCUGUAUGCCUUUACUGGCUACACUCUAGCAGAGAUCACACCGUGUCUGAUUCAGUUCCAUCAGCUCCACUUGACUGCAAACAGUCGGCUCCAACAGGCCAUCUGUGAGAAGUACAGGAGCACGAAGUACUGCAGCGUAUCCCUGAUUGAACCAGUUGAGACUUUGCCACUGCACUGAUGUCCGGUGAAGACCAUGAAACUGCAGCGCUUAUUUAUCCACUUGUACAUACUUCAUGAGCUGUUAAGCUUCUUUUUAAACUUAUUGAUUUUAAUGUUUUUUUUUUUUGUUUUGUUUUUUUAUCACAGUCCAUAAAGUGACUUAAGUCAGUAAUUAAAUGCUGCAACUUGUUGCCUCUAGUUAAGGUGUGUAGCUGGUCAUGGGCCUAGAUUCCUGGAUUUGGGUAUUAUUUGUCUGUAUCCUUUACCACUGGUCAUGCAGAA